CACACGCAUUGCUUUUUUUUUUUUUGCUAAGGAAGAGGAAGGUGUUGUUUCUCAGAUCCUGUAGAAAAUUAUAAAAAAAAUCGCAGUAAACUCGUCGAAUCACGGAAGGAUACGGGUACUGAAAGAGAGGCGUGAUGAGGUUUCCGUAGGAGGACUCACUCACUCACUCACCGCAUCUGACCCCUGAGGAAGACCGAGCAGCAGGAAAACAUGAGGCUUUAGUGAGGUUUGAGAGAGCUCCAGUAAUGUGCCAUGGGGUACGACGUCACCAGGUUCCAGGGGGAAGUAGAUGAGGAUCUGCUUUGUCCCAUUUGCAGUGGGGUGCUGGAGGAGCCAGUGCAGGCCCCACACUGUGAGCAUGCCUUCUGUAACGCCUGCAUCACCCAGUGGUUUGCACAGCAGCAGAUCUGCCCAGUGGACCGCACCGUGGUGACACUGGCACACCUUCGACCGGUGCCACGCAUCAUGCGCAACAUGCUGUCCAAGCUGCAGAUCUCCUGCGAUAACGCCAGCUUCGGCUGCAAGGCAACGCUGCGCCUCGACCAGCUCCAGUCUCACCUCAAAGACUGCGAGCACAACCCCAAACGACCCGUCAUCUGUGAGGAGGGCUGCGGUUUGGAGAUGCCCAAAGAUGAGGUACCAAACCACAACUGCAUCAAGCACCUGCGCAGUGUAGUGCAGCAGCAGCAGACCAAGAUCGCAGACCUCGAGAAAACCGCAGCUGAGCACAAACACCAGCUGGCAGAACAGAAACGGGACAUCCAGCUCCUUAAAGCGUACAUGAGAGCGAUCCGGAGCGCAAACCCCAACCUGCAGAAUCUGGAGGAGAGCAUCGAGUACAACGAGAUCCUGGAGUGGGUGAACUCACUGCAGCCUGCCCGUGUGACGCGCUGGGGAGGUAUGAUCUCGACUCCCGACGCCGUCCUGCAGGCCGUCAUCAAGCGCUCGCUCAUCGACAGCGGAUGUCCUCUCUCCAUUGUCAACGAGCUCAUCGAGAACGCCCACGAGCGCAACUGGCCUCAAGGCCUGGCCACGCUGGAGACGCGCCAAAUGAACCGCCGCUACUACGAGAACUACGUGGCCAAACGCAUCCCGGGCAAACAAGCCGUGGUGGUGAUGGCGUGUGAGAACCAGCACAUGGGCGAGGACAUGAUCCUGGAGCCGGGAUUAGUCAUGAUCUUCGCUCACGGAGUGGAGGAAAUCUUAUAGUCAGGACUGGAUGAGUUUUAAGGGAGAAAAUAAAAAAAACACUACAGUUUUUAGAUCUUUACCUCAUAAAGAAGGUUUAUCAACCAACAGGGAAGAAAAAUGGUGUAUGAAGGAACAGAACUGCGUUUGCGCUGAUGAUGAAAACCUCCAGCCGUCCUGUUGCCUUAAAAGAAAAUAAAAAAUAUAUAUAAAAGCAAACCCUGAAAAUACAACCACCAACCUGAAAUGUAAACCACAAAGAAAUGCUGGAGCUUCUUCAUUAAUCACCACUGACUGAAUGAACCCGAGUCUCUUUACCACUUCGUUGUUUAAGGCUGUUUCACAAAACGUCCUUUUCUUCCGAGUCUGUAAUACUUGUAUAACUGAUCUCAUUUGUUCUUUGUAAAUAAAUACGGAAGAUUUAUGGAAGAAAUAUAAA